AUGAGUCCGGGCUCAUGCGGUGGAGAAGACAGAUUUGUCGUUGACCGCAGCACAGGUUGGAUACGGACAACUAACCAGAGUCUACAGGAAGGUCAGGAGUAUCUGCUCAACGUGCAGGCCGCUGAUAAGCUUGGGAUGAGAGGUUCCCCGGCUGUCGUGUCUGUGAUCGCCGGUGUCAGACCCCCACAAUUUAAACAAGCUUCGUACACCGUACACGUUUCAGAAAGCGCUGCCCCGGGAAGCACGUUGGUGACCGUAUCCGCGAUAUCGCAUCAAAGCAAUCCCCUGAGCUACGGCAUGGUCGCAGGUCCCCAAAGCUUGUUCUCCGUUGACCGGAUCACUGGCCAGGUGACGCUCAUCAGGGCUGUAGAUUUUGAGAGUGACCCGCAACAGUUUCUACUGGGAGUUACCGCUACCGAAAAGCCGACGGACCUGAAGAGCACCGUGCAGGUGGCGGUUGGAAUCACCGAUGUUAAUGACUGCAAGCCAGAAUUUCAGCAGCGAAUCUAUAGCAAGGAUAACGUACCUGAAACAGUGCCUGCGGCAGCCGCUCUCUUACAAGUGACAGCCACCGACUGCGACUCCGGUUUGAAUGGCGAGGUUUCCUAUUAUUCUUUGAGCCCCGAUUUUGGCAUCUCCGAGGAGGGCGUUAUCAGCCCCGUCCGGGAGUUGGAUUACGAGAGGCCCAACCAUCUUUACGAGUUUGUGGUUCUGGCGAUAGACCACGGAGAAGACCCAAAAACCGGGACAGCCACCGUCCGCAUCCGUGUCUCCAACGUGAACGAUGAAGCUCCGGAGUUCUCUCAAACCACAUACAGAACGUUUGUAUCGGAGGAAGCUGCUCCCAACACCCUGGUUGCCACCGUACAUGCAUUUGAUCCAGAUGGAGAUCAUGUGACUUACAGCAUUUUGGAAGGAAAUAAAGAAGGGAGCUUUAUUAUUGAUUCUGAGAAAGGAAUAAUCCGUCUUGGUUCUAACCUGCUUCCAAAGCAUCAUGGAGCCGAGUAUGUUCUGUAUGUGACCGCCACAGAUGACAACGCUUCGGGGGGUCCUCACAGCCUCACCAGCACGACUACGGUCGUCGUGACAGUCGAUGACGUCAACCAGAACAAGCCCGUCUUCCAUCAGUGUGCCCAGUACCAUCACCACGCCGUAGUCCUGGAGAACCAGCCCCCAGGAACGUUUGUGCUGCAGGGGGAGGCGAAAGACGCAGACGUUGGCGUCAACAGUCAAGUGAAGUACGGGAUCGUUCAUCGCGAGGGCUCUCUUCCUGCAUUCAGCAUCCAUCCGGACACAGGGUCAACAGAGGUGACAUCAUGGAGCUUCAUUUGA